GCUACCAACCCCGGUUCAAUAUCUGAAAAUAAGUUAUUAUUAGUAGUGAUAAUUUUAUUUUGAUCAAGAUUUCAGCUGUUCAGAAUUCUUUUAAAUAAAAUGAUGAAACAGAGUUCUUGAAUAAAAUCAUUAAAUUUAGGCCUUCUAGUUUUUUAUUUACACAGCUUUAAUUAUUAUGUGAUAAAAAUACAAUUUAAGUAUAAAAAUGGAAGACUAUUUCGAGAGUUUUUCGGAUGGAGUAACGAAAUGGGAAAUUUUUAAGGAAAUGGUUGACCUGGAUUUAGGCGAAGAACAGGAACACAAAUCAGUUUCAAGUGUUCAACUGCUUCCAAGACAAGAUGUUUUUUUGUAUGGGACAAUUCCUAAAAUGGAACAAAGAGUUUAUACUAAAUGUAAAGAAUGUAGGCUAGUUUUUAAUCCUCGAGAUAUUUUAUCACAUAAAGCAUGUCCUGGAAAAUCUCAUUCAUCUUCACACAGCCUGAAAAAGAAAGUCAAAAGCAAAGGAAGUAGUAGCAAAAAGUCCCAUUCAAGUCUACCCCCACCACCACUUUUCAAGAAACCUCCAUCCCCAUCAACAGCCGCCACUGCCGGUUCUGCAGCCAUUCCGGAAGUGUCAACUCCUAAAGUAUCUUCACCAAAACCUUCAAAAAUAUCAACAAUUUCAUCCAGUUUAUCUACUCAUACUACUAUCACUACCACAUCCUCUAGUAAAUCCGAAACCAGAGUAUCAUCUAGUUCAUCCUCUUCUUCUUCCUCAAAGCUUACCUCUCAUUCCCCCAGAUCGCCCUCGAAACCCACUUCAGAUCAUUCGCCAAAAUCAAAGACUGCCACCACAACAGAAACUAGUUCAAGUAGCAGUAGUAGUAGCAGCAGCAGCAGUAGACAUAAGAAAUCCAGGAAGAGCAAUAGCAAUACAAAAAUAACAAAGGAGUUCGAUCCAGAUGUUCACUGUGGCGUAGUGGAAGGCAACAGAGGGCCUUGCACCAGGUCUAUCACAUGCUCCAGUCAUAGGAUUCAGUUACGAAAAUUGGUUCCGGGCCGUAGCAAAGAUAUCCAUCAGCUGAUUGCUGAAAGAAAGACUGUCAAAGAGAAAGAAUUGAAACAUGGCUCGAAUUGUUCAUAUAUGUCCCCAAAUGGUCAGGCAGAGGAAAAAGACUCUUUUUCUCAAAAUACUACUUACGUACCGUUUGUCGCUGCCGUCGUAAGCACCAGUGAAUCGUCAGACAAGACUUCCUACGUACCCAUUAUGCCUAAAACUAGCGACACCUCAACACAUUCAAGACAAACUACUACCUCAGUUCUUACUGCUAAGCAACUAACUUCGACUGAAUCAGAAACUACACCUUCAAAGACUAUGGAUAAUAAUUAUAUAAUGAAUAUGCAUUCUCAGGAAAGUGCUAUUGGAACAGUCCCUGUCGUAUACAUGCCAAUGAGUCCAAUAUCUGUUGUUAGCCCUGUACAAUUUGUGCAAAUAGGGAAAAACGUCAUAUGUUUGGAGUCUCCUCAGUCAGCUAUGAGUCCUCCGGUUACUUCAAACCGGCCUGUUUACUUGAGCAUUCCUAACCACAACUCCAACGUGGAGGUGUACAAAUCACAUCCCAAACCAGUAACUGUUCCUAACUAUUCCACGAAGAAAGUCGGUAGAGCCAUUCUUCUCUCAAAUCAGCAACUAGAAUGCCAGCGGAAUGACAUACUCAUGGCCCUAAACAGUACUCGUAAACUAGUGAAUAAUACUCAUAGGUACCGUGCAAUAUCGUUGCUUAACCACACCAACUUGCUGCAUAGACCAAACAUUUUGAAAGUCAAAAGCAUCAACAAAGUGAAUUGUAAGAGAUCGGCCAUCGACAAACUAAACACAAGUGAUAGUAAACAGAUGAGGCUGACCGCUACCGUAAAUGGCUUGAACUCUGAUAUUAGUGAAUCUGCAGAGGCUCCUCAGUCCAAUAACUGCAUCCAAGAAAAAAUUGCUCUACUCAACAUGAAAUAGUAUACAUCCAAAGUUUUUUUCUGUAUAUAUGUAUUAUAAUUUUAAGCUGUUUUCUA